CCCUGUGGUUUACACUAAAUAACAAUCUAAGGUACUAAGAGUUUAAAAUCACGUUUUAGGGUACUAACUUUUAAUUUUUUAACAAAGUAAGGUAUUAACGUUAAGUUGCUGUUAAAUGCUAACCCUGACACCCUCACGUGCCAUAAACGUGAGGGUAAAUAUGUCAUUUAAAUGAAGGUCUCCUGCUUUAAUUAAACUCUGUUUCAUUCAACAUCAGUCUAUUCAUCUUCACCCCAUAUACUCUGUAAACCCAAAUCGAGUAAACCCUGAUUUCUAGGGUUUUAGCGUUGAGCGAUGGAUCUUUUGAGACAAGAAGAUGAACCAUUUGACUACGUUGGCAAAUACGGUACACAAACAGGAUUAUUUUCUCUGAAGAUACACUACAAUGGGCAAUUUGGAAUCAAAAAUCAAAAUCUUUGCUACAUAACUGGUAAGGUAAUCUAUGUUGAUUUCAUGGAUACGGACAUGUUUUGUAUCCAUGAUGUCAACGAUGCUAUGAGGUUGUUAGGGUUUUCAGAAGAUAAAGUUCAUCAUUUUUAUUUUGUGGUUCCUGGUAGUGAGAUACAUAGUGGUCUUAUGUCUUUAAGCACUGAUGAUGAUGUACGAGUCAUGAGUGAAUAUGUGCUACAAGGUUCCAAAGUUAUAAGUCUUUAUGUAGAGCAUGGUUUAGGCAUUGCAACUGAAGAUGUGACAGUCAAUAAUGGUAAAGUAGAUGACCCUAAGAAUGCACAAGUAGAUGAAGAUGUGACAGUCAAUGCUGGUAAUGUAGAUGACCCUAAGAAUGCACAAGUAGAUGAAGAUGUGACAGUCAAUGCUGGUAAUGUAGAUGAACCAAAGAAUGCACAAGUAGAUGAAGAGGUAACAGUGAAUGUAGACUUUGAUAUCAAUGAUGUUGAAAAUAGGACUGAGAAGUUUAGUAAUGAAGAUGUUGAGAAUAUCCUAAGACAGACUGUUGUUGAUGCUUCUUUUAAUGAGCUGUUUAGUGAUCACAACACACUUGGUGAUGUUUUAAAACCUUAUGUAAGGCCAGCUGAACAGAAGGAAAAGGGUAAUGAGAAUGAAAAGGGUAAUGAGACUGAAAAGGGUAAUGAGAAUGAAAAUGGUAAGGAGACUGAAAAGGCUAAACAGAGUGAAAGGGUUGAACAUGAUAAUGAGGAUAGUGGUGAUGAGGACAUUGUCGAUGAGGAAAAUGAGGUGUUUGAGGUAGAAGUUGAUAUGAGUCAGUUUAAUGACAAGUUCCAGGCUAAGCAUCAGAUGAACAAUGAAAAAGAAACUGAUAAUGCUACUGAAACAAGUGUGGAUGAUACUGAACAUGAUCCCUUAGAAGAAGAAUAUCUUAGCAAUGAUUCCCUUGGCACAUCUGAAUCUGAAGGAGAACUUACCAUUGAAAAGCAUAGGAAAAAAGCAUUUAGGAGGAUUAGGAAACAACAAGAAGCUAGUAAGGAAAAAUGUGCAUUUUAUGUAGGUCAAACAUUUGGUGAUAAUUCACAGGUGAAGACCCUCAUCAGAAGACAUGCAAUUGAAACAAGAAGGGAGAUUUUUUUCUAUAGGAAUGAUCAGGAAAGGAUAAGGGCCCAUUGCAAAGGGAGAAUUCCUGAUUUUGAAAUGGCCCAAGAAAAAGAAGGCCCAAGUGAAAGUCAAAAAGAUGGCCCAAAUGAAAGUCAGAAAGAUGGUGGUAGGUUAACAAAAGAAAACCCUAAUAAAUGUCCUUGGGUUGUGUAUGUGGCUAAGCUUAAAGAUGAACCUACCUGGGUGGUUAAAACCUAUAACCCACAACAUAAGUGUUUUCAGACAAGAACUUCAAGACACUUCACAUCUGAAUGGAUAUCCAAGGAGAUAAUGUUGGAUAUUGAAUCAAACCCCAAGAUCCCAAUCAAAGCUAUCAAGGAUCAGUUGCAGAGGAAAUUCAUGAUGGAAGUUUCAACAAUGAAGGCAUUUAGGGCCAAAAAUAUGGCUGCAAAGCAUGUGAUUGGUGAUUAUACAAAGCAAUACAGGCUGCUAAGGGAUUAUGGCCUUGAACUACAGAGAACAAACCCUAACACAACUUUUAAAAUUGACCUUGAACCAUCCAGUAUUAAUGCUUCUUCAAGUAACAGGGUUUUCAGAAGGGUGUACAUCUGUCUUGGUCCAUUGAAGGAGGGAUUUAAGGCUUGCAAAAGAGAAAUCCUUGGUUUGGAUGGAGCUUUUAUGAAGGGGCCAUUCCCUGGUCAACUGUUGACUGCUGUGGCUAUGGAUCCCAAUAAUGGGAUCUACCCACUGGCAUAUGCUAUAGCUGAGGCAGAGUCAAAAGAUUCCUGGACAUGGUUCUUGGAUCUUUUAAGGGAUGAUCUUGAAUUACCUGUGAAUGCCAAUUUCACUUUCAUCUCAGAUAGGCAGAAAGGAAUCAUCCCAGCCAUUGCUGCUGUCUUCCCUAGUGCAGAACACAGAUAUUGUGUUAGACACAUUCAUCAGAAUUUCAGGUUACAAUGGAGGGGAAAGGCAUACAAGGACAUGUUGUGGGCCAUAGCUACAGCCAAUACAGUUCAGCAGUUCCAAGACAAAAUGGAGGAAAUGAGAUUGAUGAACCCUGAUGCUCAUCACUAUCUAAGCCAAAUUCCAGCAGUUCAUUGGACAAGAAGUCACUUUUCAGGUAGGGCUAAGACUGAGGUGUUGUUAAACAAUUUGUGUGAGGUGUUUAAUGCAAGAUUGGUGGAUGGCAGGGAUAAGCCCAUUAUCAGUGCUCUUGAAUAUGUUAGAGAGUAUUGCAUGAAAAGGAUUGUCAAUGUGCUGAAGGUUAUUGCUAAGACUGAUGGUGUGUUGACUCCAAAAGCUGCUGAGCAUUUUGAGCUUGUCAAAAAACAUGCAGCCAAUUUAAUUGUCCAGUGGAAUGGUGGUCCUAAGUAUCAAGUUAGUUGUUAUUUGGGUGAAAGAUAUGGAGAGCAGUUUGUUGUGGAUGUCAUUGAGAGGACCUGCACAUGCAGGAAAUGGGAAAUAAGGGGCAUGCCUUGUACACAUGCUGUUGCCACCAACUGGGAUAUGGCUGCAAAUGGUUUGAAGGUUGACAUACCAGAGAGAUGGGUGGAUGAGUGCUACUGGUUGUCUACAUGGAAGAAGGUAUACUCUUACAAAAUAGGGCCAAUCAAUGGAAGAAGCAUGUGGCCUAGGGCACACUGUAGUACAAAACUCCUUGAACCAAUGUACCACAAACCUGUUGGCAGACCCAGGAAGAUGAGAAGAAAGGAUGAAAUGGAGAAGGAAGAUAGCAUGGUUAAAGAUGGCAAGUUGAGUAGGAAAUGGAAGACAGUGACAUGUGGAAGCUGUGGAGGAAAAGGUCACAAUAAAAGAAGGUGCACCGGACAAGGCUCAACUGCUGCUCAAUCUAGUUAAAUAGGAUGUUUGGUUAUGCUUUUUGAUGCUUUUUUAUGUUAUUAGGCUGCUAAAACUUCUGGUUAUCCUUUUUUAUGUUAUUAGGAUGUUUGGGAUAUGUUAUCAAACAGUUUGGGAUAUGGUUUUUGUAAAACUGUUGUUACCAGUU